GCGCCCAGAAGGACGGAAGGGCCUCGGAGUCUAGCCAGCCUUCUCGCUAGUAGAGGUCCGGUCCUUCGUCUGGCUCCCUUUCGUUCUCUGGGGGUAGCCUUCUGUGAGCACGCCUUUUUUUGUCUGUGCCACCGUUUCUGUUUUGGGUUUCAAUAAAGUUUUCUUCUUCCCUUGUACAGAUCUCAAGAUGGCGGCCUCCUGGUCGCCCUUGGUUACCCUGCGCUUAGUGCAAAGCCGGCUGAGAGGGAGAUGUAUUGGGUGCGGGGCCCGGGCUGCUGCUCUCGCCCCUCCGGCCACCGCCCCUGGAAACACCUUUUGGAAAGCCUAUACAGUUCAGACACCUGAGAUUACAUCUCCGAUUGCGGCUACAGAGGUUUAUUCAAAAGCUUUGGCUGUUUGCCAUGGCCCACUGGACCACUAUGACUUUCUGAUCAAAGCUCAUGAGCUAAAGGAGGAUAAGCAUCAAAGAAGAGUCAUACAGUGUUUGCAGAAACUACAGGAGGACCUCAAAGGAUACAGGAUAGAGGCAGGAGGCCUUUUUUCAAAGCUUUUUUCAAGGAGCAAACCUCCAAGGGGCCUGUAUGUUUAUGGAGAUGUUGGUACAGGGAAAACAAUGGUGAUGGACAUGUUUUAUGCUUAUGUGGAGAUGAAGAGGAAGAAGCGGGUUCAUUUUCAUGGUUUCAUGCUAGAUGUUCAUGAAAGAAUACACCGCCUUAAACAGAGUUUGCCAAAAAGGAAACCGGGAUUCAUGGCUAAAUCAUAUGACCCAAUAGCUCCCAUAGCUGAAGAAAUCAGCGAAGAAGCAUGUCUCCUAUGUUUCGAUGAGUUUCAGGUCACUGACAUUGCUGAUGCCAUGAUUCUGAAACAGCUUUUUGAAAAUCUGUUCAAAAAUGGGGUCGUCGUUGUGGCAACAUCCAACAGGCCACCGGAAGAUCUCUAUAAAAAUGGACUCCAAAGAGCUAACUUCAUACCAUUCAUUGCUGUCCUAAAGAAAUACUGUAAUACGGUCCAGCUCGAUUCCGGGAUCGACUACCGGAAAAGGGAACUUCCUGCUGCAGGAAAACUCUACUAUCUCACAAGUGAAGCUGAUGUGGAGGCUGUCAUGGAUAAGUUGUUUGAUGAGCUGGCUCAGAAACAAAAUGAUUUAACUAGACCAAGGAUUCUAAAAGUGCAAGGCAGAGAGCUGCGGCUGAAUAAAGCCUGUGGAACUGUUGCCGACUGCACAUUUGAAGAGCUGUGUGAGAGACCACUUGGAGCCAGUGACUAUCUGGAACUGUCAAAGAAUUUCGAUACAGUAUUCUUACGAAACAUUCCCCAAUUUACACUGGCCAAGAGGACACAGGCUCGAAGAUUCAUCACUCUCAUUGAUAACUUCUAUGAUUUCAAGGUGCGCGUCAUCUGCUCCGCAGCGACCCCUAUAGGAAGCUUGUUUUUGCAUCAACAUCAUGACAGUGAGUUGGAGCAAAGCAGAAUACUGAUGGAUGAUUUGGGGCUGAGCCAGGACUCAGCAGAAGGACUCUCCAUGUUUACUGGAGAAGAGGAAAUCUUUGCAUUUCAGCGCACGCUUUCCCGACUCACCGAAAUGCAGACGGAGCAGUACUGGAAUGAAGGGGACAGAAGCAAGAAGUAACCAUCGCUUUUGUGUGAAUAAAACUCGGGACAAAUGAUUACGGCAGGGAGAACUCUUUUUUAUGGGACUUGAAGGAAUCAUUUUUCUCAUCAUUAAUUAUGUACCUUGUCCUCUGGACCAUUUUUUAUCUCAAAUUGCUGUCAAAGAUGGAGUGGAUUAGUUAAGUUAAAGCCAUUGUUAUGGGUUUACUUUUUGCCUGUUUAUUUGGCUUUAUUUCUGCACUACAAAAUUAAAAUCAUCACUCCUGAAGAUUAA